UUAUUGUGCAGUUACUCGAUGCCGAGGAUUGCGACACGAUCGAGGACCGCGAAAAAGUGUUGCUCAUUGCAUUGGGUGAUGUUCUCACUUUAAAAGAUUUUUGCUAUCUCAAUAGUUUAAUGAGAGUUCGAUUUUCGCUUUCCGACACUUAUUGCUCGGAUACUGAUCGGGAACGUCGCGCGAAAGCUAUUAGUAUCUUCGAAAUAAUAUUAAAGCAGGUGGCAUUGAGUUUUUCAUUUUUGCAUAUCGAAUAAACGUUGUCGCGGGUUAUUAAUAAAAAUUGUAAUUCAUCAUUUAGCUGAAAAUAAAAGUGUGCAUUUUGCUGGACGAUAUUCAAUACAUAGACGACACUUCGUGGCACUUUUUGUCAACGGCUCUUGAUCACGAUAACGUCGUGAUGGCAAUGACGAUAUCGAAGCAAAACUCUUGGAAAGAGUUGUCUCACGUAGGGGUGAACAUCGGCAAGGACAAAAGGCUGAUGAAACGUACGAUAAACGAUCUGGAUAUGGAUCUGCUUCCGGCGCUCGCAUGUCAGUAUCUGAACGUUUUUGCGAUAUCCAGAAAGUUGAACAGCCAUUUCCCAGAUGAUUCGAAUACGACUAUUGGAGUGCGCCGCGCUGCAGCGACGCGAUUUCAAGGAAAGCAAAGCUCUCGUUUUCUGCAUACAUAAGAAGCGGAGAACAUUCUCCGAUAUGCAUCACUUAGUAACUUGUUACUGCCACCAGUCACAACGAGGCGAAAACGACACACUCGGCGAUUGCAACAUAUUGGAAUUUAAAAUCGGUUCAUUUCGCAAGGUGAUGUACGAUAUACAAACGGAUGAGAAAAAGCGAGAGCAUCACGCGAGAGCGGCUAGGCUGUAUAUCCAGGACGCUCGAAAAUGUUAUACUUGCGGCAGCACAAAUUUUCUAAGAGUUCCUAUCAAAGACGUACUUAUGGAAGCCAAAGAAUCAGUGACUUAUGGCAGAGAAAGAAAACUUACGCUAAAUGACGAAUCAAAGAGAAAACAUAGUAUACGUCCUGCAAGAGGAAAAUUAACUGCUCCGAAAGUGACAAGAAAAGUGUCUGUUCGCAGAAUGUCUAUUCUGCCGUCAUCCCUUGACGAUGACGAAACAAACUUAAUACGUCAAAAAGAUGUGAAAAAAUCGAAACGUGGGUUGACCAAGUUUUGGAAACGUCCUAGCGGUAUUGCUCCGGAAAUAACGGAAGAAACUUUUCAUCCAAGCUAUCUCGAGGACUUUACUUAUAUCGAUUACCGUAAUUGUCAAUGCGACAGUAUCAUCACCUUUCUUUUUUGGGAGUUGUAUCGCCACAUCGAAAAAAGUGGAGAAAUUCAUAAAAUACUCGACAUUAUUCUGGAAUACAGCGCCGGUCUGAUUCAAACUGCCCAACCGCUUUACGCUGUUAAGCUGCUUUCGAUUGCCGACGAAAAAAAUGGAGUUGAAAUAAGCAAAGCGAAUGACAACGCGGAAGAUCACAUCACGAAGAAAGGAAUUAUACUGGCUUUAACUGGUUUGCGCGAAUAUUUGCAGAUUAUUUAUCAUCUGCUUCUACAAAUUGCGAGUGUUUUGCGAAAAACCAACUGUUAUUCAGGUGACGCAUACAGUGCGUUGGGGAAUUACGCUCAGGCUGAGAAAUACUAUACAGCAGCGGUAAAAUUGCGGGAUGUGAGACCUAAAAUGUUGAAAGCCGUCUGCUACACCAUAGUAUCCAGAUUAUAUUGUACAGAAGAACAUACUCUCUGUCGUCCGGUUAAAGUAACAGGACGACCCGCUGUAUUGAACUUGGAGUUGGCGUCAUAUUUGCGACGUCUUUCCAUUGUAUUUGCAACGGAAGAUAGAUGGAAGAUGGCGCAGUGGCUCGUCUUGCGAAGUUUCAAGCUCGCGUUUUUAAGUGUCGGCAGUUUCCUAGAGAAAGGCGAGGUGUAUCUCGCGACAGUUCAAGUUUUACUUCAUUCAAGAAAUUUCGAGAUAGUACGGUACAUCGAGAGACCGCUAGUAAAUGUAAUAGACGCAAAAACUACGUGGAACAAUCCCGAAGAAGUAACGAUGAUGGCUAAUAUCUAUCUAAUGAUGUUUCAAAUCAGAGCGUUAAGUGGUAAAUUGCAAGAAGCUAUAGAUAUAGGUAUCAAAGUCUGGAAAAUUUCUGAAGCACUGCAUCUUAAUGCGUUGAUAUUGACUUUUGUGCCGUCGUUAAUUCAAAUAAUGCUAUGGACUCAGCAUAUUACCGAAGCCGUCGACUUGAUGCGAGAGCUGUACUUUUUAGCCGAAGACGACGUGGAUCUUUCAGCCAAAACCUGGUAUUACGCACUUUCUUUGGAACUUACACUCGACGCGGGAAUAGUACUCGAAACUUAUGAGAAAUCUUACAACUAUUACAAAGAGUUUUUAGCUCACAAAUCGAUAACUUGCGUGUGGCGCGACCCGCAAAGUCUAUAUCGCUUACUGACGUGCUUGUGGAUGUACCAACUUAGAAUGGGAUAUACGAUUCUCCACGUGGUUAUGUACAGCGCGGACGAAUAUAUAAAGGAUGUCACUUGUCAUGAUUUUUCGAGAAUCGUUUGUUGCAUCAAGGGACUCGAGUGCUACUUGAUGUUACUACUGCGCUGCAUCAACACGAAGCAUUCUAAUGAACUGCACGAUCGGUUGCAAGAUAUUCGCAAACUAAUUAAGUUCCUAAAAUAUAUCGCUAAUCACGCGUUGAUCAUAAAGCCGCGUUUAUAUUUGUUGCUGGCGUAUCUGAAUGUUCUUCGGGGUCGCAAAUCGAGCACGCGAUUUUAUUUGCGCAAAGCGCAGAAAUUCGCGACCUCUCAGGGAAACAGACUGAUACAGGCGUGGAUCAUGCAGAAUACAAGGACGUGGAAAGAGAAUGUUUACAACAACAUGGCGCGGUACUGGUUGGAGUACGCCGGAUCGACAGAUUUUGUGGCCUGGCAACACAUUCGGACUUUUAGCAUCGAAACUUGGUCCACUAUUCUUUAUCCUUUACCGACACCUGAUUCGCAUAUAUAACAGAUUGCACGACGAAAGACGUAAUUUUAAUUCAGCAUAAAUGUUAUCGCUAUGUUUUUAUACGU